AUGGGCUGGCCAUAUGAGUUCCUCACUCUAACAGACGAGGAAAAGCAUCAACGCCGUCUGAGCCUCGACUACUACGCAUAUAUAGCACAUAUUUCUGCCUUCGCGCCAGCGCUAUUAUUCCUCGUCGUUCGACUCAUCAAUCGUGUGCGCAAGGGCCGUAACAGCGGGUAUCAUCAAGUUCCAGGUUCACCAGGCGUCAAAGCGAAUCGACAGCGAUGGAUCUCUAGAGCUCUGGAGAAAGGACCCAUGGUGCAGUGGUGGCUAGGUGAAGACGUCGUAUCCAUGGGAAGCCAUUGGGGGCAGCGUGAUGAAUGGGUUUUGGGUAUUGCUUGGACAGUGUGGUUGUUAGUCUUAAGCGUUCAUGGUACAGGAAAAGAUUAUCUUCAUCUCACAAAGCGAGUGGGCAUUGUUGCAACAUCUCAGAUGCCUAUUCAGUAUCUCCUCGCUCUCAAAGCGCUCAACCCCUACGCAUAUCUGCUUCGCUCAUCUCACGAACAUCUCAACCGAUACCAUCGCGUUCUUGGUCGCAUUAUCUACUCCCUUCUCAUACUUCACGCUAUCCUAUACAACAUCUUCUUUAUAGAGUCUGGGAUAUGGUUCAAGCGCUUCUUUGCCCCGGUUGUAUCUGCAGGUGUUGCUGGUUUCAUCGUUCUCCAUGUGCUCAACGGUACAGCAAUGACACGUGUUCGCCAAGCUUCUUACCGACUCUUCUUCAUCGUUCACCUCUUUGGAGCCUUUGCGGUUCCGCCCUUGAUUUACUACCAUGCACCGUCCUCGCGGUUCUAUAUCGCGGAGGCUCUCGGUGUCUUCGUUCUUGACCUUGCCGCACGAAAGAUCACCACCAUCACAGCUCCCGCUGUCAUCGAAGCUAUACCUGGCACAAGUCUCGUCAAAGUCUCUGCCAAGCUCCCAGCUCCAAAGAUUGCAAAGUACACGGCUCGUCCGGGAUCGCAUAUCUACCUCAAUGUCCCUGCAGCUUCGCGACCAGGAAUUGGGCAAUUUUCUGCCCCCUAUCUUGUCUUUGAGUUUCUUUAUAACCCCUUCACUGUGGUAUCUACCAACCAGGAGACGGGUGAGUUGACAUUUGUCGCACGCACACGAAAUGGCCCCAUGACGAACCGUCUACACCAUCUAUCUUCGACUGCCAACGCUGGUGGGUCGGCUGAGAAGGUAGAACUUAAUAUUGAGGGCCCUUAUGGUGCCAUAGGAAAGUCGUUCAACGAUCUUAUCACUUCAGGUACCAACCGUAUACUCAUCGUGGCGGGUGGUGUGGGAGCAACCUUUGCUGUACCGCUCUACCACGCCAUUCUAGCCGAGAACUCGUCCACAAACGUCCAGCUCGUUUGGGCCAUUCGAAGUGCAGGCGACGCAACCUGGGCCGCGUCAACUCCCACCGGGAAAUCUCUUCUGGACGAUGAUCAAGUGCAGCUCUUCCUCACGGGAGACAUGAGUGUCGCCAAUGACAGCGACAACGCAGCUGGCGUUGAAAUGAACGUCUUAUCUCAACAGAGCACUCGUCCUGCAGUUCGAAACAACAAAAGACCUGAUCUACAGAAAAUCGUUGACGAUACGUUCCAGAAGGGUCAGCAGGAUAGUGUGGCUAUCCUGGUCUGCGGUCCUGUUGAGAUGAGCCGAGAGCUACGCAAGAGUGUGACACCGUGGGUGAUGAAGGGACGCAAAGUUUGGUGGCACAAUGAGAGUUUUGGAUGGUAG